AUGAUCACGAAUUUCUUCAAGCCUCAAGCUCCUUCAAAUACUAUUCCUAGCUCUCCUUUGCCAAGUUCUCAUUUGCCAAGUUCUUCGUCGCCUGUCAAUCUUUUCAAUGCAUCGGAUAAUGACAAAGUGUUGGCUGAUUUGGAUCUUAAAUCAGAUCCUGCUGAAAGAAAACAAAUGUCGAAAUUUUCUCCUAAUAUACGUGACCGAGUGAGGAGAUAUUACAUACUAAAGAAACCUUGCCAACCUGAAGAAUUUGAAUUUCCAAGUAGAGAUAUUGGAGGAGAAUUGCGUCGUUUUAAUCCCGAUUGGUUUGACGAUCCAUAUUCUCAAUGGUUAGAAUAUAGUGUUAAAAAAGAUGCAGCAUUUUGCUUAUUCUCAAUGGUUGUGACUUGUUUAAAAAUGAGCUUGGAGGAUAUGGAAGAAAAGGGUCAUUUUCUAGAUCUCUUAAAGUGGUAUGCCGAUAAGAAGGAAGAUGUGAAAAAUGUGGUACUAGAAGAAGCUCCAAAAAAUAACACCACGACUUCUCCCGAUAUCCAAAAAGACAUUGUGAAUUCUUGUGCAAAAGAAUCAGUGAAUGCAAUUAUUGAAGACUUGAACGGAGAUUACUUUGGGAUAUUGGUUGAUGAGUCUAAGGAUGUUUCUCAUAAGGAACAAAUGGCUCUUGUCUUGAGAUAUGUAAACAAGGAGGACCAUUCUUUGAGUCGAUCUCAAAUACGGGGACAAGGUUAUGAUGGAGCUAGUAACAUUCAAGGAGAAAUUAAUGGUCUUAAAACUCUGAUUCUGAAAGAUAAUUCUUCGGCAUAUUGCGUACAUUGCUUUGCUCAUCAAUUGCAAUUGACUCUUGUAGCCGUUGCAAAAAAACAUCAUGAUGUGAAUAAUUUUUUUGACAUUCUUGCCAAUGUUUUAAAUAUCGUUGGAGGUUCUUUUAAGCGUAGGGAGAUGCUUCGAGAUGAUCAAGCUGAAAAAUUAGAGGAAUUACUAGUGCUCGGUGAAGUUCAUACGGGAAGUGGAUUAAAUCAAGAACUUGGACUUCAAAGGCCUGGUGAUACCCGUUGGGGAUCUCAUUUUAAGACGGUACGUAACUUCAUUUCCUUAUUCUCAUCAAUUUUGCAUGUACUUGGAGUUCUUGCAAAUGAGGGUGCAAAUUAUCAUGAGAAAGCAAUGGCAAAAAGUCUAGUGGAAGACAUUAGAUCUUAUGAGUUUAUCUACAUGUUGCAUUUGGUGUUGAAAAUUUUGGCGAUUACAUAUGAUUUGAAUAUGGCUUUGCAAUGA